AUGAUGUGCCCACUAGUGCCCUCUAGGGGUUCCUUGGAUGAGGAUGUAUUGGAUGACUCCUUGCUGGGCCUGAGUGAAGAAGAUGAUGGCCAUUUCAGCUUCACGGAGGAAGAGAUAGAGAAGUACUUGAGGGAUGAUGAUCUAUCAGAUGAGGACGAGGAAAAUUCAUUGGACAGCCUUGGACCAGUAGCUGAGACUCCUGGCCUCUUCAAAUUACCUCCGAGUACAUCAGUUGGUCAGGGACCAACUCCUACGAAACCAUUAAACAGACCCUUUGCACUAGAAAAGAAUCUUGUAAAAUUAACAGUUGUUGCACCAUUUAAUCCAACAGCUUGUGAUGUUGUGCUUAAUAAGGACAAGACUGAUACAGCCAAAGAUAUUGAAAAACCCUCUUCCCUUGGAGAAGGGAUGAGAGAAGAUGGUCUUAGCCCAAAUCAGAGCAAACUUUGCACUAAUUCUGAAGGGAUCAUCCCAAAUAACUCUUCCUGGGAUGGGCCCUCGCUCCUUUCUCCUUCAAGUAAUAACUUUCAACAAACUGUCCCUGAAAAAAGUAUGCCUGAUAGUAAGAAACCUACACCUGUAAUCACUCAGAUCUUGGGCCAUUCAGAGACUCCUCAUUUAGGGUCAUCCUGGAGAAAUGGAUCACAUAAAUCAAGUUGUGAAAUGAAGUUUCCAGUUGUUACCAGUUCAUCAAACAAAGAUAUUCUUGACAAGGAUUCUGGGAAGCUGAAAGUUCCUGAGAGAAUAGGCAAAGUCAUUCCUGUUCUGCAAGCCCAAACAAGGACUAAUGUUUCGACGUUUUCACAAUCAGAUCUAGAACGGAAGAAGCAAACUUACGUCAGGAGUGCUUUUGCUCAUAUAAAAGACUCAGUGGAUUCUAACCAAGGUGUCUUGGUGGAACUGUGUUCUUUGAUGGAUCGAGUUCAUCAUAUGCAUAACCAUCCGCAUCCUUCGGACCUCACCAUUCGAAACUAUUCCCGGUUCCAACAGAAACCUCUGGAAGAUACAGUCUGA